AUGGCCGUUGAAGGGGAUGGAGGUUCGACUGCAGCCGGCUCGGCAGCAGGAGUCAGCCAUCUUCCUUGGCAACAAAUCCCGAAAUUCGUGCCGGGCACUACGAACCUUGAUGAUUACACGCAGCGCUUGAAGUUUCUCAAAGAGUUGUGGCCAGCCGAUGGCAUCCAGCACCUGGGGCCGAGAGCGGCUCUCCAAGUGGAGGGUUCGGCUUUUCAGAAAAUCAGCCGGAUUGCUCCGGAUAAGCUUCGGAGUCAAGAGGGCGUCCAGCUUAUCGUGGAGGCUCUCGGCGGAGCUUGGGGGAAAACUGCUGUUGAGGAAAAGUUCCAUUUCUUCGAGCAAGCCAUUUUUCAGGUGACACAGAAGAAUGACGAAACCAAUGAUUCCUACUUAGCUCGCAGUGACGCCUACUUUGAAAAACUUCUUACGCGCAAGGUGACCAUCGAGGAGAUCAGAGCCUACGUGUUACUUCGCCACAGCCAACUUGCCCCGGAGGACAAGAAGCGAGUUGUCAUUGAGUCCAAGGGUGACCUCAAGUACAAGGAGACAGUCAAGGCCGCGCGCCGACUAAAGAACCCUGGCCUGCUCUGGCCAAGGGCCGCGCGCGCCCUGGGGGCGAGACUCUUCCGAAACCGAGGCUUGGAACGGAACAAGAUCUACGACGUGCACUACACGGAGGAAAACGGAGCCGAGGAUGUGUACUACAGCGCCGUGCCCGAGGAGGAGCCGAGUGACGAGGACCUCCUCUGCUACUUCAUGGACCUCAACGACGAGGACGCCGUCUACAUCACCGAGUUCGAGGAAAGAGCAUCGUGGACGCCAUCCAAGAUAGCGAAUUGGCCGUGGAAAGACGAAGGGAUUCGGGUAGAAAGGAAAAGGGUCUUCAUCGUCUUCGUUUCCGGGGAUGGCAAUGAAGCCAAGGUGGAAGUAACCCACUUUACCCAAGAGACCUCGGACACCUUUGCCCAGAACCUCCCAGAGAUUCUCCAUGCCAUGCCACCGGAGUCCGAGCCCUACAUUGGAGAAGAGGAUGACGAUGGUGAUGAGGUAGCAUUGGUGGUUACUUCAGGGGCUGAGGGUGUUUUGGAUACUGGGGCGAGUCGCACGGUAGUCGGUAGCCAGCGGGUACGCGAUAUCCUCGGGGGGCUUGACGCUGAGUGCCGGAACGGUGUCCGGAAGACAUCGUCGGACAUUGUCUUUAGAUUCGGCAACAGCGGCACGCUUCAGUCAAAACACGCUCUGCUUCUGCCAAUCUCGGAGUCGUCCUGGAUUCGAGUUGAGGUGAUCCCAGGAAACACGCCAUUGCUUAUCUCUAAUCAGUUGCUUCGCGAGCUUGAUGCGGAGCAACCAAACCGAGCAUGCACCCACCCAGCAGACCUCCAUCACAGCCGCAAUCAGCUCAGCUCGGAACCGCAUCAGCCUCCAAACCUUUGCCCUCGGUGGAUCAUCGUCAUGCCGAUCUCCCGCAAGGAUGCUUUGAAGCUUCAGGGCAAGAUGGCGACCCCAGAUGUGGACGAGCCGUUGGUGGCUCCCGAGAGCGGGGCCAUUGCGUUGGAUCGUCCCAGUCUGGAAAGCUAUCUCGAUGUGGAGUUUGUGCGCCCAAAGGGUGUGGAGACACUCCGCGCGUGGGGCGACAUGACCUUGACCGCGGGGAAGCACAAGACCAAGACCUUCGCAGCGGCGUUCGACGAGGACUUGGUGUAUGCGGUGACCAUGGCACGCAAGCAAUCCCUCACCAGCAGCUGGGCCAUCUCAUUCAAGAAUUAUUGCCUUGCCCGUCUGAAGGCAGCAGCUCGGGCGGAGCAGAUGGAGGACCAGAAGCGCCAAGGGAAGGGCACCCGGAAAGCGGCGUUCCCAAAUCGGAGCCGGAACACCGCGACCUUCGAGGACGAGGAAGAGUUCGGGGAAUGGAAGCUGUGCCUCAACGAAGGCAGAGCGACCGGAAGCUCAGCAUCGACGGCCGAGAAUCACAGAGGCAAGAGGGCGAAUGCCCAGGAUCCCAACCCCGCGAUGAGCACCGACCUCACCGCGGAGCAUCGCCUCGACAUCAUGACUGGGAAGGCACUACUGCAAAGGGAGCUUGCGCAACUGGAGCAGUUGGAUCCGUCUUGGGACGAGAAGAUAGAAGACAAGCUCGGGAAACUUGAUAGUGAGACUGAAGACUUCCGGAAAAAGAUGCACUACAAGCUUCCUCGGCUUGAUGUUCUGGAAAUCACUCUGGCGGACAGUGGAAUCAGCAAUGCCAUUCGGAAUCGCCAGGGCCGCGCAGUAUCCAUUAAAACAUGGGACGCCAGUCGCAUUUGGUUCAUGAUACAUAUGUACGAGCCCAAGCACCUCUGGAUGAAUGGCGGGAGACAGGAUCCUUCAAAGGUAUUUUGGCCGAAAGAGCUAUUGUACGACCGGUAUGAGCAUCAAAUUGAACACGGGCGUCAUUUUCAUCUGUGCACUGGUCAAAAUAUCUUUGCAGAGUCCUCUCCGGAACUGCAGGACGUGAUGCACGGCACCAUGUGCGCAGUUCACUGUCCUUCGGAGGCGAUGGGAUUGGGAAAGAUGCGCGGCAACAAUUUUCUGAACAAGAAGAGCUUUAUCUAUACAACUUCCAGAGUGGUACAUGAGGCAAUCGACACACGUAAGGAGCCGACUCACCUUUCCAAUCCCAGCCAAGCAACAAGCAACACGUCUGCACCACGAAGCCCGACAUGGCAGCUCCGACUGGCUGAGCAAGCAGCAGCAGCAAUGGUCUCUGACUGUAGUGUCCCUUUGUACCUGUCUGAGUUACUAGUGGCAGACCUUAAGCGUGAAGGGGACCUCAACUUGAGUAAUCGUGCCGCGCUUGAAAAUGUUCAGCAAGUUGUGAAGCGCCGACGGCUUCUUCGGAAGCAACCGGCACCGGAAAUGUGCAAGGCUCGGGAUCAGUUCAAGGAUGCCUCGUGGAUAGCUAUCUUUAAGAAGUUCGAUGUUCCUCACCGUGGCAGGGUAUACUUCAGGGAUGGGGAUGAGGUUGUAAAACAGGUUCAAACACUGAUCCCGCAAUUUCAAAUCAAGCACGUGGUGAUGGCUCGUGGCACCAACCGUGUUCAGCUGCCAAAACCUGGUCUCGAGAUACAGGAUAUUCCCCUUCGCCAAACCAUAGUGGUUUCUAGGGACAAUGGUAAGGUGAUGGCAGAUGGUGGUUGUGAGCAGUGGACAAAGAAUCCUAAGUACAAACGUUGGCGUCGGGGAAUACCUGCGAGAGUCAGUUUGACGGCUUACGGCUCAGAAUUUCUCGGUCAGCAAUCCCAGUUACCACCCGAGCGGCCUGCAGCGAUUCACCUUGAUGCCGAUUUCGGGGAUGUACUGGGCAUGGAUGUAGCAUAUUGGAGUGGACAGAGUGGACAUAAAUACAUGUUCACACACAUCCUCGAUGAGGCAACGUUGUUUCAUCAAGCUUCGGCCACCGGUAGGACCAUGGAAGACCACUACGAAGUUCUCACCGACAGCUGGAACAAAUGGGCUGGACCAUGUCAACUCCUCUACGUAGAUCCUGCAGGUGAGUAUGUAGGAGAGUGGUGGCGAGAGAGGUUGCAGCGUGACGGUGUUUGCGCCAAAGUAGCUGCUGGUGAGAGCCAUUGGCAGGUUGGUAGAGUGGAGGCUCACGGGAAAAUUCUGAAGGCGAUGUUGUCCCGUAUGGAUGCCGAGACCCCAAUCACAGAUGAUGCAGAGUUUAGGCAGUGUCUUAGAGCCGCAGUCCAUGCAAAGAAUUCUCUUAGUCGAGUGCGGGGUUUCACACCGGAGCAAGCACAGGCCCUAAACUUCGUGAUGUUAGCCAGCACCGAAAGGAAGAAGCGGUUGUCUGAUAUACCCAAUGACGCACCAACGUUAGGGAAAGAUGGUCGCCAGUUGAUCUUGCAACAAGUGGCUUCUCGACAGUGGAAGCUCAUCAAUUUCGAUAUCUCCACAGCUUUCUUGCAGGGAAAAGGGGACGGCAGGAAGUUGGGCAUCAAACCUCCCGAAGAACUCCGAGAGGCUUUAGGUAUGGGUCCCACUGACCAGUGCCGCCUUGAAGGCGGAGCGUGCGGAAGGAUUGAUGCUCCUUUCUUGUGGUUCCAGACUCUCAAGCAAACGUUGGAAGAGCUGGGAUUCAUCCAAAGCCCUUUUGAUCCUUGCACGUUCAGUCUUGUCACUAAAGGACCUGGUGGGGAGCCUAGGGUACACGGUGUUCUAGGGAUCCACGUUGAUGAUGGUAUAGGCGGGGGUGAUGCAUACUUCAGCAGGGUCAUUGAGCAGUUGCGGGGCAUUUAUAGCUUUGGGUCCUACGACGAAGGAGAGUUCGUGUUCACAGGGAUUCGUUUUCGACAGUGGGACGACGGAAGUAUUUAG